ACAUAUGAUACGAAUUUAAGAGCCCUACUUUGAUCGAUCAACCCUUUCUCCACGCCAAGAUCUGCCUGCUACUCUCUCUCUCUCUCCACUUCAAGAACUCCUUCUCUCUCUAGAAUGAUACACAAACCGAUGAAAGUUUGAUCAAUUGCACGAUAUUCUUCUUUAGGGUUAGCGUUAUAAACUACUGAUUACACAUAUAGCCAUGGAUGAUUACCUGAAGGAUGAUAUUUCACAGCUGAUCAAGAGAAUUGGGGCUUUUCUAUCCUCCAGGAUUUCCGAAUUAUUAAAUACCCAGGAUUUACGGUCUGUUUGGGCUUUAGCUGCACUUGUUGUUACUGUAAUCUUUACUUGGAGAUUAUUCUGGGCUCCUACUGGACCUCAAAGAAGACAACCUAAACGUCAAGCUCCCACACCAAGUAGUAGUGCUGGAGUCAGUAGUCAACCAAAUGCAAAUCUCUUACCUUCCCACUUUGGUUCAUCUAUUGAAGAUUCAACACAAGCUAUUAGCAAUGAGUUCUCUCAGCAUGUAAAGCCUACUCUGGGACAGAUAGUCAGACAAAGAUUAAGUGAUGGAAGGAAGGUGACUUGCCGGUUGCUUGGCAUUAUACUCGAGGAAAGUAUUCCAGAGGAGCUUCAGAUUCGAGCAACUGUGAGAUCCUCCGUUCUGGAAGUUCUGGUGGAGAUGACAAAAUUUUGUGACCUUUAUCUCAUGGAAACUGUUCUGGAUGAUGAAAGCGAAAAAAGGGUUUUAGCGGCAUUGGAAAAUGCUGGUAUUUUCACGUCCGGUGGGUUGGUUAAAGACAAGGUACUGUUUUGUAGCACAGAGAAUGGACGAACUUCUUUUGUUCGGCAAUUGGAGCCAGAUUGGCAUAUAGACUCGAAUCCUGAAAUUAAUUCUCAGUUGGCGAGGUUCAUCAAAUGUCAGCUUCACAUUUCACCCCUUAGACCCGAGCAAAUGGCGUCUAACGUGUUCAGUUCUUCGUCGUUAGAACAAUUCUUUGGUGUUUGAAUAUGUACGUUUUUCAGUCGUCGUUAGUUUUUCAUUCCAGCACUGUAUAAUAACACAAUACAGUUCUACUGUAGAUGAGGGAUGGAUGAUUGAUUUGUUUGUGCAGUAAUUUUGGUUAUCAUUUCUCAUAAACCCAAAGUAGUAGUAAUCCAUGUUUGGAGUGAUGGAGUC